GUGCCUCUUUUUAGGAUUGCUGAUGCUGAGGAAAACUUAGGUGAGAGUGAAGUUCGGGAGGCUCACUUGGCAAAAUCCCUGUUUUUCAUCCGAAUUGGGGAUAAGGAGAAAGCCUUGGAGCAUCUCAAGAUAACAGAAACCAAGACAGUAGCAGUUGGCCAGAAGAUGGACCUGGUGUUUUAUACUUUGCAGCUUGGUUUCUUUGACAUGGAUUUUGAUCUCAUUUCCAAAAGCAUUGACAAAGCCAAAAAUUUGUUUGAAGAAGGUGGUGAUUGGGAAAGGAAGAAUAGACUGAAAGUGUACGAAGGCCUGUAUUGCAUGUCCACUCGAAAUUUCAAGAAGGCUGCCAAGUUGUUUUUAGAUUCUAUUUCAACCUUUACAACAUAUGAACUCUUUCCUUAUGAUACCUUCAUAUUUUAUACGGUUUUGACCAGCAUCAUAUCGUUGGAUAGAGUUUCCUUAAAGCAAAAGGUGGUAGAUGCUCCAGAGAUCUUGACAGUGAUUGGAAAAAUCCCAUAUCUUUCAGAGUUUUUGAACUCCUUGUAUGAUUGCCGAUACAAGUCUUUCUUCUCAGCAUUUGCUGGCCUGACCGAGCAGAUUAAGUUGGACCGCUAUCUGCAUCCCCACUUCCGAUAUUACAUGAGGGAGGUCAGAACUGUUGUGUACUCCCAAUUUUUGGAAUCUUACAAAAGUGUGACAAUUGAAGCCAUGGCCAAAGCUUUUGGAGUGACAGUGGAUUUCAUUGAUCUGGAGCUAUCCCGUUUUAUUGCAGCAGGGAAACUUCACUGUAAGAUUGAUAAGGUUGCUGGUGUUCUUGAAACUAAUCGCCCUGAUGCCAAGAAUGCCCUUUACCAAGCAACCAUUAAGCAAGGAGACUUCCUAUUGAAUCGGAUUCAGAAGUUGUCACGUGUUAUAGAUCUUUAGGCUAUCUCUUGCAUUUUAGAUUCAAAGUUUAUUGGAAAGGCAGGGAUAAUGACAUUUUUAAAUCUGAAGGACAUCCUGUUGAAUUCAUUUCACUAUGAGGGUGUGAGGCAUGAUAUUUCUGUAGUUCUCAUUUGAUUUUGGUUCAGUAAUGAACAGUCGAAUUUAUCGAAUUUAAAAUUGUCAAUCAGUAUUCAAUUA